UUCAGAGAAGAUGGCACACGCCCCAAUAAUAAACAUUAGGAAUGUUUUCUAUUAUUCUCUCAUAGUUUUUGGGAUACCAGCCAAUAUUGUCACCCUACUGACAAUACGACUCAGGAAUUGUGGCCUCGCCCACAGCAGCACAAUCUACUUAAUAGCGAUGACCACAAGCGAUCUCCUGGUCCUCCUUUUCUACGUCCUGGUCAAUCAAAUUUUAAGCCAUCUCUUCCCACAGCUAUUCUAUUAUUAUACCUUAGCCUGUCGCCUCAACACUAUUACAACGGCUGCAGUGAUCGAUUGUUCUGUCUGGUUAACGGUAUCUUUCACUUUCGACCGAUUCAUAUCGAUCUGUUUCCAGAGUCUCAGAAGAAGCUACUGUACUCCAAAAUCCGCAGCUCUGGUCAUCGGGGUGAUUUACUUUGUCAGUUAUGUGAGAAACAUACCCUAUUACUUCAGCAAUAUCCCGCUCCAAGUGGACAAUAAUGUUCAGAUUGGCUGCAGACCCAAUCCCAGCAUUGACACAGCUCCUGCAUGGAGAGUCUUUUACUGGGUCCACGUGGUUUUAACACCGUUGGCUCCCUAUGUUGCCGUGGCUUUGUUGAAUCUCCUGAUGGUGAGACACAUACUCAUUGCAAGCCAGGUCCGUCGAGGAUUCCGAGGAGAUGGUGGUGGAUCGCAGGACCCUGAGAUGCAAAGUCGGCGAAGAGCCUUAGUCCUCCUUUGUACUGCCUCAGCAAGUUUCAUAUUGCUGUGGAUGCCCACGGUGGGACUGUUUCUGUUCUCACGUAUCACUGAAACUUAUACUUAUCGCAGCUUUAAUGAUCCAUUUGCUAUUGUCAAUGAAACCGGCAAGAUGCUCAGCGUUCUGAACUGUAGCACCAGCACCUGUAUGUACGCUCUUACUCAAUCUAAGUUCAGGGCAGAGCUAAGGGCAGCAGUGCGUAAGUUUACCAGACUAUUUGAUAAAUUAGCUGCAGUGUAAAAUUGAGCAAAUUGUAGCCUCUUGUGCUGUUUAUAAAAUCCCGAAAUGAUUGAAUACAUGUAAAGUAAUUUCGUGCAGCAAGGUGCGCUGCAUAUUCCUUCAUUGUUGAAAGCUGUCAAUACUGCUUCUUCAUUGUUGCACGAUAUCUAUGAAAACAUUAAUGCAGCACCAAGAGAGUUAAUCACAAAAAACGUAGCAUUUUCAAUGCAGUGAUAGUUUGUGUUCCUGUCUCACAGCACCAGGGAUAGUAGGAACUGCAUAUGCUGGAGAAUCUGAGAUAACAAGGUGUAGAUUAGAUUCCCUACAGUAUGGAAACAGGCUCUUCGGCCCAACAAGUCCACAACGACACCUGGAGCAUCACACCCAGACCCAUCCCCCUAUAACCCACACACCCCUGAACACUGCGGGCAAUUUAGCAUGGCCAAUCCACCUAGCCUGCACAUCUUUGCACUGUGGGAGGAAACCAGAGCACCCAGACAAAACUUACACAGACACAGGGAGAAUGUGCAAACUCCGCACAGUUAUGCGAGGCUGGAAUCGAACCCGGGACCCUGGUGCUGUGAGGCUGCAGUGCUAACCACUGAGCCACUGUGCCGCCCCUUAGAUUAGAUUAUAUUCCUUACAAUAUGAGUGUACAGUGUAGAGCUGAUUGAACAUAGCAGGCCAAGCAGCAUCAUAGGAGCAGGAAGGCUGACAUUUCGGGCCUAGACCCUUCUUCAAUGGCCCAUUUCUGAUGAACGAUCUAGGCCCGAAACAUCAACUUUCCUGCUUCUCAGAUGCUGCUUGGCCUGCUGUGUUCAUCCAGCUGUACACUUUGUGAUCCCAGCACCAGGGGACUGAUUCAAAUCUUCUGCGACAGUCUUUCUGGGGUUUGGACAUUUUUCCCCUGGGAUUGCUCUCUUUUCCCCCACAGUUGGACAGGUUAAGUGGAUUUUACAUGCUGAUUUACCCAUAGUGUCAAGGGUUGUGGAUUCGCCAUGGGACAUGCAGAGUUAUAGGGACAAGUUAGUGGGUGGGUCUCAGUGCAGUGGUCAUUGGAAGGCGGAUGGACUGGAUGGCCUGAAAGGUCUGCUGCCAUACUGAAGGGAUUCUGUGAUUCUAGG